AUGUUAAAAUAUAAAAAUAAUCUUCUACCAUUACCCAGAUGGUUUGUAUCCAAUAAUCCCUCAAUAAUAAUAUCCAAAAGAAACAUUUCACUAAAUGCCGAUUUAGCUAACGCUUUGAAAAGCUCUACUACAGAUCAUGGUGUCAUUGUUAUUGGAGCUGGACAUGCUGGUAUUGAAGCCAGUACUGGUUCAGCUAGAGUUUUAUCUAAAACCAAUACAAGAACUACCUUGAUUACUCCAUAUAUCGACAAAAUCGGUACUUGUUCUUGUAAUCCAUCUAUGGGUGGUGUGGGCAAGGGUACUUUGUUAAGAGAGGUAGAUGCCUUGGAUGGAAUAGCUUCAAAGGUGACUGAUUUGGCUGGCAUUCAAUUUAAAAUGUUAAAUAAGAAAAAAGGCGGACCAGCUGUUUGGGGUCCCAGAGCACAAAUUGAUAGAAAGCUUUAUUUGAAAGAAAUGCAAAAGAAAGUGCUAAAUUAUGGUAAUAACUUGCAUAUAAUAGAGGGUAAAGUUCAUGAUAUUAUUAUAGAUCCAAAAGUUAACAAAGUUUGUGGUGUUAUUUUAGAAGACUCGAAUAAAGUAUUAAAGUGUUCGCAAGUGGUUAUUACAACGGGAACAUUUUUAGGUGGGGAAAUUCAUAUUGGCAUGGAAAGCUAUCCAGCUGGAAGAAUCGGGGAAGGCCCAACUUAUGGUAUAUCCAAGACUUUAAAAGAUGCUGGAUUCCAAUUAGGCAGGUUGAAAACGGGUACCCCUGCACGACUUGAUGGUAAUACCAUAAACUUUUCCAUUUUAGAAAAGCAACAUGGAGACGACCCACCACAUCCAAUGAGCUUUUUAAAUGAACAAGUGGCCAUUAAAGACCAAAUUGUUUGUUAUGGUACCCGUACAACAAAGGAAUUGCACGAUUAUUUGCGUAGCAAUUUGGAUAAAUCCAUUCACAUUAUUAAGGAAACUGUCAAGGGUCCACGUUACUGCCCGUCCUUGGAAGCUAAAAUCACUAGAUUUGCUGAUAAAGAGUCACAUAAAAUCUGGUUAGAACCAGAAGGCUUGGACACAAAUGUCGUUUAUCCAAAUGGUAUUUCUAAUUCAAUGCCUGAAGAUGUGCAGCUGAAAAUGAUGAGAAUGAUUCCAGGUCUAGAAAAUGUUGAAAUUAUCCAACCGGCUUACGGUGUUGAGUAUGAUUAUGUUGACCCACGCUCCUUAACACAAACAUUAGAAACUAAAAAAGUCAAAGGUCUUUUUUUGGCCGGUCAAAUUAAUGGUACGACUGGCUAUGAAGAAGCUUGUGCGCAAGGUUGUAUCGCUGGUAUUAAUGCUGGGCUAGCGGCAAGAGGCGAUAAUAAGUCGUUGAAAAUAGGGAGGUCUGAUGGAUAUAUCGGGGUUUUGAUAGAUGAUUUGAUCACUAAGGGUGUUGAAGAACCAUAUAGAAUGUUCACUUCAAGAAGCGAGUUUAGGGUGACCGUCAGAGCUGACAAUGCAGAUAUAAGAUUAACAGAACUGGGACGUGAUGUUGGUGCAGUUCUAGAUGAAAGAUGGACCAAGUAUUUGCAAGAUAAAUAUAUAUUUGAUUCAUCAAUUGAAAAAUUGAAAAACUUUGUUCAAACUACUCCUAAAUGGAAUGCAUGUUUAACAGAUUUUUUUUUAGCAGACAGCAGUUCUAAUAAAUCAGCUUGGAAUAUGUUUAGACUCAACGGUGUCACAUUGGAAAUCCUGGCUAAAGCUGUGCCUGAAUUGAAUAUUAAUAUAAAUGAAAUACCAAAACAUUUGGCUUUAAAAAUUAAUGUAACUGGUAAAUAUGAGCCAUAUAUUCGGAAGCAAGCUCAAUAUAUUAAAGCAUUUCAAGCUGACGAAUCUAUGCUACUACCAAAAAACUAUGACUAUAAUCAGCUACCAUCAAUAAGUUCUGAAUGCAAAUCACUAUUAAAUAAAAUCAAACCUGUAACAAUUGGUCAAGCAAGAAGGAUUCAAGGAAUAACGCCAGCAUCCAUUUUUGAACUUUAUAGAAUAGUGAGGUCUAUGCAAUCUGAAAUAAAAUCAGCUCAAUAA